UACAAACAACUUCUUUUUCCAUAGCAACGGGCCGGAUCUUCUUUUCUCCGAGCAUGGUCCGAAGCGCCUUCAGAACCGAUCGAUAAUUUACAGAAUUUUGUUGGAGAUGCUGAAGCGAAAAUGGAGUAACAAACAGUACUGUGGCGAUGUCGAAUCGAAUCCAUUCGAGUUUGCCUACCGCGGGAGUGUGUUUGACCCGUACAAGAAGGACUCGAACAAAGUGCCCACGGUCGAGGAACAGUCACGCCUCAGUGCCGCAGCAGCGGACGCGGAGGACUUGAUCGAGGACAUUCCGCUCCCUGCCCACCGUUUGUCGGCGAAAGUGCGUCAACAGUAUCUGUACUAUUUGGAGCGUGUUUUGCGCAAAAACUAUCAUACCUGGUUAUCGACUUACAGCGGCCAUCCUGGCGAUAAUCCGUUCUCGGAUGGCGAGCUGCGGCAGUGUGCAGAAACGAUUGAAAUGCGAGCGGUUCAAUCGUGUAUGAUUACAUCGCUGUAUCAAAACUUUAUCCUCCAAAAGAUUGGAGAAAUCAGAAAACAAACCACCCUCGGGCUAAUUCAUCAGAAUCUCACCGAUGUAAAGUUUCAACCGGCAUACGUUAAGCGAGAACAGUGUCACGUGGGCGUGCAGACCGAUUGUGGUGAAGCGUCGGAAUCCUUUGCCUUCCCAAAUGCAACCGUACCGAUGCUCAACCUGCCCGAGAUAAGCUUAGAAGAAAAGAUGGAAUUGUUUCACCGAAAACACUCCACCUCCGAACAUUCAUCAUACGCCGAGAGCAGUACGAAACGUUCGGUGCAAAAGCACGAACCCAUCGCACACACCACGCCAGUACAAAUGUUGAACAGUGUGCCAUUAACGGUAGACGGUCCCACGAACUCGAUGAUGGAAGGCCCACGGCCUCGCAAUGAUGCUAUGGACGAUGCGAUACUCAAGGAGCUACAGGCAAUGUUUGAACCCGCGGACGAGGACGAAGUAAACAUAUUCGAAUGGAGCGAAGAUCAGGCCCAGGUGAAAGCAAUCAUAAACGAGAUCGAAAGCGUCGAACCGACCCAAGCACUAGGGCAGUAUGGGAGCAGCAGGGCAACACCCGCCAGUCCAGCGCUCGAUCGAAAGGCGCUACUUCCCAACCCUUCACCACGGGUCGGCCCUGGUGCACAGCAGCCGCCCGAUUUGCGCUGCAGCAUGUGGCCGUGUGAGUUGCACAGACAGCGGAUGAGGUUGCGCAAUUUGUUGGUAAAACUAGCGGAAGACAAUUACCGCCGGUACGAGCGGCUGGUACAAACGCAGUUCGUCACCCUGUUCGGUGCGGACGAUGGGGAGGAGCAGGACCUUGGCCCGUACAGUCCCUCGAUCGAGCUGAAUGAGGUGCUGGUAUCGAGCUGCCGGCAGCGCAUAGCCAAAUGGGUGGUGCAGGCCCUGAUGCGACCGCUCAACGAUGGGCUGAUAGGAAACAGGUUUCUAUUUAAAAAGCUGGCCAAGCGGCUGGCCGAUGGUAUCAUCUACCAGAAUCAGUAUCCGGAUAAAAAAUUCAUUCGAAAAUACAUCGAUGAGUAUUUCUGCUCCCACGCACAAAUCAAAAGUAUUGAGGAUAUAACAUGAACUCACGAGCAUGUGCAAAUUAAAUCGUUCCUUUUUCGCACAAUAAACGCCAUCCGUUGUUGGGUGGUGCUACCCAAAAA